UGUGAAAGAAAGCCCUCGCUUUUAAGGAUUUCUUUAUUAGUUCUCAAGUUGCUUCUCUUUGAAGUCUGCUGUGAACGACUUAAGAUCACAGGAUAAUUUGAGUAAACAUAUUGACUGAAUUGAUGUUUUCUUUUUUUCUUUUUCUUCACUGAACCUCUGAAGGCAAAGAGGAGUUUCCACUGAAACCUUACAAAUGAUCAGGGAGGACGUUGCCCUCCCUCAUGAUCUGUUAUGUUCCUAGGUGAGAGCAGGACAGCUCACACUGUGGCCUCUGGAGAUACAACUCAUUCUGUGGAGAGGAACAGCUACUGCUUGAGAGGAUGAAGCUCUGCCCCAUACCACACCCAAACCAGAGUACUUAGUAAGCAUAUUUCUGCUUUACUGCACAAUAAUGUCCAGUCAUCUGGAGUGAGGAGAGGGACAAGGAGGAGAGGAAACCAUGUCGCUUGGAUCUAAAUCCAGCCAAUCUCCUGUUACUUAAAGACUAUACUUUUGUGGAGAUUUCCAACCUGAUAUGGGAGGCAAAUUAUACAGUAUUUUUACCUUUUAUAUAGCAAUUAGAAAGAUUUUUUCAUCCAUCCUUUUUAUAAUUUAAUAGCUGCUCCAGAGCUAUCACUAAACAUCAUCCUAACAGCCAAUGAGAGACUCAAAGGCCCAGCUGGAUCCUGUCAUUUGUUUGUCAAAUAAUCAAAGACACGUCCAAUCUCCAGCUAAUGGAUUGUCAGCAAGAGAUCCAGGAAAGAUUAAAGUACAACGUCCUGGAUGGAAUCCAAACAACUCAGAAAAGGAUCAAAAAAAGGAAAUGACAGAUUUCUCAGGAACAAAAACAUUCUCCCCACAGCUUUCCUACAGGGUGUGCAUCCAUCAUGAGUUACCCCUAAGGUCUUGGAGCUCUGCUGUAUUUCUGGACAAGUCACUUUGCAUUUCACUUGCAGAACUUGCUGCAGGAGUGAGAAGAGUUCAAGUACCUCUGUACAGAUCUGCCCUUACUUGUCAGCUUGGUGUGCAAUCUCUCUGCAGAUCCACUACAGAUAAGAAACCAGCGAAAACAAGCGAGGAUUACAGGAGAGGUAACUUCAGCAGGUGCAAUGUCCAAAAGAUGAGACUGGAUCACACAGGGAGCCCUUUUUCAAAGCACUGUGGACCCAGGGAAGAUCAAAAGGCACUUGCUUGUGGUGUUAACAGUAAGGAUGAUGACUGGGAAAAGCAGAGCCACAGCACUUCUUUGUCAUUCAGAGAACCUUCUUCCUUCAACACAAAGGCUGCAAAGCAGAAGGGGAAUGCAAAUGAGGCAGCCGUCUCUGCUCAAAGUAAUUCCAGGCACAGGAAGCACACUAUCACUGUUAGACCAGAAUCAGAGAUGAUGAGCAAGUGGGGAGGUCAAAAGGCAGAAGAAGACCAGGAAGGUAGCAAAUCCAUUGAAGCUCAGACAAUUUCCACUUGUCAUCACCACUCACAGCUGCAGAAUGAUACCGUGGGAGGCACUCCUAAAACUCUGAGCCUGAAAGAGGCUUUGGAGCUCUUCAGGCCAGAUUUCAUCAGCCGAUCUCAGGGUCGGGUGAGGAGGUUAGAGCAAAGGGCCAGGAGAAGGAGGGCUCUGAGGGACUCCAAUCCAGAUCUACUGAAGGCCCUAUAUGAAGACAGAGACAAGUACAAGAGGAACUGUACAACACCAGAUCCACUUAGUG